AUGUCUCCAGAAUACGUAAUAUAUGGCCAAUUUUCGGAGAAAUCAGAUGUAUUCAGCUUCGGGGUGUUGCUGUUGGAAAUGCUAACUAGUGAACGGAACUCGAACUUUUCCAUGACUGAAAUUUCUUUAUCCCUCUUAGGAUGGGCGUACAAUAUGUGGAAAGAAGGAAGAAUGUUGGAUUUGAUUGAUCCAUCAAUAAGGGAAACUUGCGACGCUAACAAGGCAACAAGGUCAAUUUUGGUUGCCCUUCUUUGUGUUCAAGAAAUUCCCACAGAUCGGCCAACAAUGUCUAAUAUAGUUGCCAUGUUAAGCAACGAAACGUUAUCAAUUCCCGAGCCAAAAGAACCUGCCUUUCGCAGUAGCUGGCAACCUCAACAUGAGUUAAAUGGUUCUUCCAAAAAUGAGAUGACAAUUAGUUUGCCAGAACCUCGAUAG